UUCAAUGCCACUUUCUAACUCACGUCCUUUGUUCCAUUUCUAGUUAUAUAUAUUGCAUCACACACUCAAUAUCUUCUUCAAAAUCUCCUCCAAAAUCCCACUGAAAAUGAGGAACACAAUCAACCAACCAUCUCCUCCCAGGUGAAUUUUCACCAAUCACUCUUUCCCCUCUUAGGUCCUUCCCUAAAACCCUUCUUUAUAUAGCUACUUUAUCUAUGCAUAGUUUCCAUAAAGAAAAAAACUUCUUCAUGGAAGGUUUUCACCCUUCAAUGAAUAUGAGCAUGAGUAGUAUGAACCCUUCUUUUUCAUACACUUUUCCUAUCACUGGUUCUUCUGCCAUAACCAACAACAUUCCUACUGCUACAUACAUCACCACUAGUAACACUACUCCAUGGAUGAACAGCAGAAUAUGGAGUAAGCUUCCACAAAGAUUACUUGAUCGUAUCAUAGCUUUUCUUCCUCCACCUGCUUUCUUCCGUGCACGUUCUGUUUGCAAGAGAUUCUAUUCUCUUCUUUUCUCAAACACUUUUCUUGAACUAUAUCUUCAAGUUUCACCUCGUUUUCACUGGUUUUUGUUCUUCAAACACAAAACCAAAUCAAAAACCAACAUCUACAAAAACAGCAUAACUGAUCCUAAUAAUAACAACUCUUUUGAAGGUUACAUCUUUGAUCCUAAUGAAAUGACUUGGUACCGUAUUUCAUUUGGUUUAAUCCCUUCUGGUUUUUCACCAUCUUCAUCAUCCUCUGGUUUACUCUGUUUUGUUUCUGAUGAAUCUGGUCCAAAAACAAUGCUUUUAUGUAACCCUUUACUUGGUUCAAUAACUCAGUUACCACCAACUUUGCGUCCAAGACUUUUUCCUUCAUUAGGCUUAACAAUUACUCCAUCUUCCAUUGAUGUUACUGUUGCUGGUGAUGAUAUGAUAUCACCAUAUGCAGUUAAAAACUUAACUUCUGAAAGCUUUCAUAUUGAUGCAAGUGGGUUUUAUUCAAUGUGGGGAACAACUUCAUCAUUACCAAGAUUAUGUAGUCUUGAAUCAGGUAGAAUGGUUUAUUCAAAUGGAAAAUUUUACUGCAUGAAUUCAAGUCCUUUUAGUGUUUUAGCUUAUGAUGUUGUAACAAACACAUGGUUCAAAAUUCAAGCACCUAUGAGAAGAUUCUUAAGAUCACCAAAUCUUGUUGAAUGCAAAGGAAAGUUGUUACUUGUUGCAGCUGUUGAAAAAAGUAAGCUGAAUGUUCCUAAGAGUUUGAGGGUUUGGUGUUUACAAAGCUGUGGAAGUGUUUGGUGUGAAACUGAGAGAAUGCCACAGCAACUUUAUGUUCAAUUUUCUGAGAUGGAAAAUGGGAAUGGUUUUGAGUGUGUUGGAAAUGGUGAGUUUAUUGUGAUUAUGAUUAAGGGAAGUGAUAAAGGUUUGGUUUAUGAUAUUGGAAGGAAAAGAUGGCAAUGGAUUCCAACUUGUCCUUAUGCUGGUUAUGAUGGAUUUGAGUUGCAUGGUUUUGCUUAUGAACCUAAGUUGGCUACACCUGUUACUGCUCUUCUUGAUCAAUUGGUUAUGCCUCUUCCACAGUUUUAGUUUAUGGAUUAUGAAAGAUUAUGUUGGAGAAUUAAUGGAUUUAUGAUGUAUAAUUAAUGAGAUAAUGAUGGUAUGGUAUGUGUGGUAAUAUGUGAAUUAAUGGAUUAUGAAGUUAGUUAAUUAGGUAGUAAUGAAAAGUUUAUUAUCAGUGUAGUGAUGAUCAGUUUGAUAAUAUGAAUUGUUCAUUGUUGUGGUUUGGAAUCUUGAUGCAAUUAUUUAUAUGU